ACGACGCCCUCAAGAGAGAUAAGGAUGCCAUUUACGGACACCCCCUGUUCCCUCUUUUAGCACUGAUUUUUGAGAAAUGUGAAUUAGCUACGUGCACGCCCAGGGAGCCCGGGGUAGCGGGAGGCGAUGUUUGCUCCUCGGAGUCUUUCAAUGAAGACAUAGCAGUGUUCGCCAAGCAGAUCCGAGCAGAGAAACCCCUAUUUUCCUCUAAUCCUGAACUGGAUAACUUGAUGAUUCAAGCCAUACAAGUAUUAAGGUUUCAUCUGUUGGAAUUAGAGAAGGUACACGAAUUAUGUGACAAUUUCUGCCACCGGUAUAUUAGCUGUUUGAAAGGAAAAAUGCCUAUCGAUUUGGUCAUAGACGAUAGAGAGGGCGGAUCAAAAUCGGACAGCGAGGACAUAACAAGAUCAGCAAAUCUAACAGAUCAGCCCUCCUGGAACCGCGACCACGACGACACGGCGUCGACGCGCUCGGGCGGCACGCCGGGCCCCUCCAGCGGCGGACACACGUCGCACAGCGGCGACAACAGCAGCGAGCAAGGGGACCCCAUGGGGACCCCGCUGGUGUCUCUGGCUCUCGGUGGUGUCACCGGAGCAGCGGGAGCCCCUGUGGUGUAUCACGGGCCUCUCGAGAUCCGCGGGUCGGACAGCAAAGCAGUGCCUCUGAGCUGCCACCACUUUGAGAGCCCUUUCGCUGCAGUGAAUCCAAACCUGUAG